AUGGCUUUCUACAAGGUGAUCUGUGCGACAACUGUGCUGCUGAUUCUGCUGCUGCCAGAAUCUGAGUCACAGCUAGAUGUUUGUGGUCUGGCGAGUCUCAACACCAGGAUUGUUGGAGGUCAAGAUGCUCUUCCAGGUAGCUGGCCCUGGCAGGUCAGCGUGAACACACUUGGAGGGUUUCAGUUCUGUGGAGGAUCCCUCAUUAACAACCAGUGGGUGCUGAGUGCUGCUCACUGCUUCUCCAGAGCGCGCAGUGCGAUUGUGUAUAUGGGUCGUCAGAGCCAGCAGGGGUCCAACCCCAACGAGGUUUCUCGGACUGUAUCACAGAUCAUCAUCCAUCCCAAAUACGACUCCUCAACUCUCAACAACGACAUCGCCCUCCUGAGGCUCUCAUCAUCUGUGGCUUUCACCACCUACAUUGCGCCCGUCUGCCUGGCAGCCUCAGGCAGCACCUUCCACACUGGCGUUAAUACCUGGAUCACCGGCUGGGGCAACACUGGAUCUGGAGUGAGACCUCCUUUUCCACAAAACCUGAUGGAGGUGGAGGUGCCGAUUGUGGGAAACAGACAGUGUAACUGCAACUAUGGAGUUGGUCGGAUCACUGAGAGCAUGCUGUGUGCUGGCUUACCUGAAGGAGGGAAGGACUCCUGUCAGGGGGAUUCAGGAGGUCCGCUGGUGAUUAAGCAAGGCAAUAGAUGGAUUCUUAGCGCCGUCGUCAGUUUUGGAUAUGGUUGUGCCGAGGCAAACUUCCCAGGAGUUUACACCAAAGUGUCCAGGUAUCAGACCUGGAUUAAUGAACAGAUCAUCAACAAUCGGCCGGGCUUCAUCACCUUCAUGUCCACAGGGACUGACAGUGACCUCAACGUCACCUGUCCAGGCCUGCCGCCAGUUACAACGCCCCUCCCUCCAAACACUACCCUCACAAUAUCCUCUCCAAUUACCACCCUUCCACCAACUAAACCCUCUCCAACCACCACCUCUCCAACAACCACCCCGUCUUCAACCACCACACCCAAACCGGUGGUCUGUGGACAAGCUCCAAGGAAUCCUCGUAUUUUGGGGGGAAACUCAGUGGUGACAGAAGGCCUGUGGCCGUGGAUGGCGAGUCUGCAGAAGAAUGGAAGUCAUGUGUGUGGUGGGACUCUGGUGGCCGUGGACUCUGUGAUGAGUGACGCCAAAUGCUUCUCAAGCCCCCCUGUAGUGUCUGACUGGACUGUAGUGCUGGGUCGUCUGAGGCAGAACGGAUCCAACCCAUUUGAGGUGACGAUGAAUGUGACAAAUAUAACUCUGAGCAACCUGAACGGAUCCAACAUCGCAAUGCUGACCCUGUCAGGUCAACCCACCCUGUCCGACUACAUCCAGCCCAUCUGCCUGGACAGUGGGCGAACCUUUGCCGUGGGCACAGUGUGCUGGGCCGCCGGCUGGAGCUCCGGACGAGGAGGAGAGGAGCAAGUGUUGCAGGAGUUCCAGACCUCAAUAGUAGACUGUGAGAACGCGUCAUCCAGUGACAACAUUUGUACAGGAAAUUUUACACUGGAGCAGGGUCAUUCUGGCAGUCCGCUGAUGUGUAAAGAGGAGGGCACUUGGUUCCAAGCGGCUGUAUUAUCGAUUGAUAACAACUCCAUCGAAGAUAACUCCAAUGAAAUCAUCUUGACCGAGGAAAACUCCACCAGAAUCAGUUUGACUCAAAUCAACUCCACCAGAGUCAGACUGACCCGGGAAGUUCGAGCCAACAACCUGCAAGUCUUCACCAGAGUGAGCCACUUCCAGAACUACCUGACUCAGACUCUGGGUACAUUGCUGUCUCCAGCCUCCACCAACAACUCCAUCAACACCAUCGUGACCAUCAACAGUACCACAACAACCAUCACCUUCACGACUACCAACAGCACAAACACCACCAACAACACAAACGCCAAUGCAGCUGCCAUUGUUUCUGAAAGAGAGGCGUGUUCCAGAUGGAGGGAGGGCAGAAGAAGGUUAUUUAUGCAGGAGCAGAUUUGCUGCGAUGGAUUCACAAUCAUGGCUUUCUACAAGGUGAUCUGUGCGACAACUGUGCUGCUGAUUCUGCUGCUGCCAGAGUCUGAGUCACAGCUAAACGUUUGUGGUCUGGCCACUCUCAACACCAGGAUUGUUGGAGGAGAAGUUGCCCCUGAAGGUUUCUGGCCCUGGCAGGUCAGCGUGAACACACUGUCAGGGUUUCAGUUCUGUGGAGGAUCCCUCAUUAACAACCAGUGGGUGGUGAGUGCUGCUCACUGCUUCGCAAGUACCAGCGCGAGCAGUGUGCGAUUGUUUAUGGGUCGUCAGAGCCAGCAGGGGACCAAUCCCAACGAGGUUGAUCGGACAGUAGCAGAGAUCAUCAGCCAUCCCAACUACAACCCCACAACUUUUGACAACGACAUCGCCCUCCUGAGGCUCUCAUCACCUGUUAAUUUCACCACAUUCAUUGUGCCCGUCUGCGUGGCAGCCUCAGGCAGCACCUUCCACGCUGGCGUCGAAACUUGGGUCACUGGCUAUGGCACCAUUGCAUCUGGAGUGAGCAACCCUUUUCCACAAAAUCUGAUGGAGGUGCAGGUGCCGAUUGUGGGAAACAGACAGUGUAACUGCAACUAUGGAGUUGGUCGGAUCACUGAGAACAUGCUGUGUGCCGGCUUAUCUGAAGGAGGGAGGGACGCCUGUCAGGUGAUCACCUUUACCUGUUUGAGUCAGGUUUUACUCCGUUUGCUCUGUAACUAACUGUUUCUACUUUGUCAGGGGGAUUCAGGAGGUCCGCUGGUGGUUAAGCAAGGCGAUAGAUGGAUUCUUGUCGGUAUCGUCAGUUUUGGAAUUGGUUGUGCCGAUGCUAGGUUCCCAGGAGUUUACACCAGAGCGUCUCGAUUCCAGAGCUGGAUUAAUGAACAGAUCACCAACAACCAGACGGGCUUCAUCACCUUCAGGUCCACAGGGACUGACAGUGACCUCAACGUCACCUGUCCAGGCCUGCCGCCAGUUACAACCCCCCCCCUCCAACCACCACACCCAAACGUGACGGUGGUCUGUGGACAAGCUCCGAGGAAUCCUCGUAUUUUGGGGGGAAACUCAGUGGUGACAGAAGGCCUGUGGCCGUGGAUGGCGAGUCUGCAGAAGAAUGGAAGUCAUGUGUGUGGUGGGACUCUGGUGGCCGUGGACUCUGUGAUGAGUGACGCCAAAUGCUUCUCAAGCCCCCCUGUAGCGUCUGACUGGACUGUAGUGCUGGGUCGUCUGAGGCAGAACGGAUCCAACCCAUUUGAGGUGACGAUGAAUGUGACAAAUAUAACUCUGAGCAACCUGAACGGAUCCAACAUCGCAGUGCUGACCCUGUCAGGUCAACCCACCCUGUCCGACUACAUCCAGCCCAUCUGCCUGGACAGUGGGCAAACCUUUGCCGUGGGCACAGUGUGCUGGGCCGCGGGCUGGAGCUCCGGACGAGGAGGAGAGGAGCAAGUGUUGCAGGAGUUCCAGACCUCAACAGUAGACUGUGGGAACGCGUCAUCCAGUGACAACAUUUGUACAGGAAAUUUUACAGUGGAGCAGGGUGACCAGGGCGGCCCACUGAUGUGUAAACAGAGCGGUUCCUGGUUUCAGGUGGCUGUGUUGUCUGUUGAAACCAACUCUACCCAAACCAACUCUGCCCAAACCAACUCUGCCCAAACCAACUCUACCCAAACCAACUCUGCCCAAACCAACUCUACUCAAACCAACUCUACUCAAACCAACUCUACCCAAACCAACUCUGCCCAAACCAACUCUACUCAAACCAACUCUACUCAAACCAACUCUGCCCAAACCAACUCCACCAGAAGUGAAGUUCGAGCUGACAACAUCCAAGUCUUCAGCAAAGUGAGCCGCUUUCAGGAGUUCCUGACUCAAAAUUUGGGCACGCUGCUGUCUCCAGCUUCUACCAAUAACAGCACCAACACCACCACCACCGCCACUACUCUGAACAGCAGGGGCACUCUUGCUCACUCUUCCUCCUUCCUCUUCUUCCACUUCCUCUUCCUCGCCUUGUGUCUCCAGCUCUUCUCAUAGAGAACUUCAUCUGAUUUACAUGAUGUGCAAAGCACAAAUGAAUGUGAGAAUUGUUACAGGCUUUAAACUGCAUCAGCUGAUCAUUGACUUGAUACUGAGGGUAUCCAUUGACCAAUAGGAGCUGAGCAGUGAAAAAGGCAGGGUAAAACCAGGUGUUCAUUUCUCCUACAGUAUAAGUUUUCUUUGUUUCCUCUUUGGCAGCUUUUUAAAUUGAGACAUGAACUUCUCCUGGUCAAAACAUCAGUACAGACACAGAGGUGCUGAGCUUACAGAAUGGCUGACUACAAAGAGCACUUAAAAAACCUUCAGUCAUAGAACUCCAAAUGAUUUUUUGGAUUAUUGUUUUUUUCUGGCUGAUUAUGAUAACACAAGAAUCAGAGUUGAUGUACCAGACAUUUUUGACUUCUGGCCCCAGAGUCUCCCGGGUAAUAUGGUGUUCAUGGUCAAUUCGAAGAAAUGGUUGACAUGUCCGGUUUACAAAUCAAUCAAACAAUCACUAAAACACACAAAACAGCAGCAAAGAAAUCAUCGAAGACCAGAAAGAGAUGCAAACCAGUUAAAAUCACUGCAAAGAUGUCCUCACAGCUGUUCGAAGUUUUUCCAUUUGCCAAAUAGGCAAAAAUUCCAUGAAAAGGAUGUAGAUGCAUCAAAACCGGAUUAGAAUUAGUGUUCAUAUGUAUUUGAGAUUCUAGCUGGCAAACUGAGAAAAAAAAUGCUUUAUUCAGGAUUAUUUCUCCAUGUUUGCACAAAUACGAGCCUCAAAAUGAGCUGUUGUCAGUGAGUGGUUCAGGUUCACCCCGUAAAUCUGGAAACUAUGAGACACUUCUGCAAUUAGGAAACUAUUUUUCUUUCUUUCUUUUUUGUUGAAUAGAGACUUUACCUCCCUACUUCUCUGUUGUAACGUGGUCACCGGCUUUGUAAGCUGGACUUGACUGUGGAGGGUGUAAAAUGUGGGUGUAAAUGAAAAACUUUGAAAGUUGCACUGAUCAGA